AUGAAUGAAUUAUUUGGGAAAAAGAUUGAGGAGAUGACAAUUAAAUUGGGACAGUUUUUUAAAUUUACUUGUAAAUUUGUGAAUUUUAUGCAAAUUAAAAAUAAAUGGAAGGAAAUUUUUAAUUUAAAUGAUACAAGUAAUGACAAUGAUUUUUAUAAUUGUUGUGAAAAGAAAUGUAUAAAUACAAAUAAGGUUACUGGAAAUUGUGUUAAACAAAAUGGUUUUGUUAAUAUAACUAGCGAUAUAAAUAUUAGAUAUAUUAAUUCUGUUUCGGGAGGAGGUCAUGAUAAAAGUGGCAGAGUAAUUGCUGAAAAUAAAUUUGAAAAGCCCCAAAACUGCAUUAAUUAUUCUCUGUUCUAUUUCGAAAUUAAAUGCCAAAUUACUGAAGCUAGGAAUUUGAGUCAAAGUUUUGCAAUUAUUGGACUUACAGAUGGGACCAAGCGUGUUAGAUUUAUUACAAAUAAAUCUUUAAUUAAAAAUGAAAAAGAUGAAGAAUUUACAGUAACAUUAAGUCGAGGUUCUGCUGAUGUUUAUGGAUGUGGAUUAGUAUAUCCACCAAAUAAUAGAAUGUCUGAAGAAUUUCCAUAUAUUUUCUUCACACAAAAUGGGAAACAAAUUGGUAAAGCUGUGCAUUUGAAAGAGAAUUUUGAUUUAGUGCUUAAACCUUUUGUUACACUGAAAUGUUUUUCUGUAGAUACAAACUUUGGACAAGAUUUAAAAGCUAAACCUUUUAGUUAUGAUAUUACAAGACAUUUUAUUCUUAAUGAAUUUUAUUGA